UAUAGCCUAUAUGUAAGCGAGUAACACUCCAAAAACGCUGACGGUGCCGGCGCCCAACUCAUAAGCAAAUUGAAUUCCUUUAGAACCUCUGGAAUCUGGAACCUCUCAUAUGUGAUACGCAAAGCUCGAAUUGCAGUCUGCAGAAGCUCGUUCCAGACAUCAAAAGAUGGAGCAUAGCCAUGAGGAAGAGGUUGUGAAAGCUGAGGAAAAUCUUAACGAGGUACCUGUGAAGAAAGAAGAAACACGUGAUGAAAUGCUUUCAAGGCACAGGAAAGAGAUUAGCCAGCUACAGAACAAAGAGAUUGAGAUGAAAAAGGCUGCAGCAAAAGGUAGCAAAGCAGAACAGAAAGCAAAGAAGAAGCAAGUUGAGGAGGAAAUAGCCAAAUUGUCUGCGAACCUCAAAGAAAAGCAUGCAGACGAACUUUCAUUACUAGGCUACAGCAGUAAUAAUAUUAAUGGUAAUGACAAGGGAAGCCUUGACACACUUGUUAAAGCCAUUGCUGGAGUAUCUGUUGCUGCUCCUGCUGAUAAUAAUCACAAGCCUAGUAAAGGCGUUAAGAGACGUGAGAAAAGAGCUCAGCAAGAAGCCGCAAGGGAGCAGAGAAUAAAAGAGGAACAAAGCAAUAUCGUUAGUGAUAAAACGGUUGAAAAUGAGUUACUAGAGCAGAAACUAGACCCACUUGGAUUGACCAUUAAUGAGGUCAAACCAGAUGGCCAUUGCCUUUACCGAGCUGUUGAGGAUCAGUUAGCUCACUUGUCCGGAGGGUCUUCACCUUACAAUUUCCAACAGCUAAGAGAGAUGGUAGCUUCUUAUAUGCGUGAUCAUGCUUCGGAAUUUCUCCCAUUUUUCACGUCAGAGAAUGCGGUUGAAGGAGAGUCAAAUGAUUCUCUGGUGGAGAGAUUUAAUAAGUACUGCAUAGAGGUGGAAUCAACAGCGGCUUGGGGUGGGCAAUUAGAGCUUGGCGCUUUGACCCAUUGCUUGAAGAAACAUAUAAUGAUAUUUUCAGGUUCUUUCCCUGAUGUUGAAAUGGGUAAGGAGUACAAGCUUGAUGAUGAUGCUUCAUUGAAUUCUUGUAUCAAGCUAUCAUACCAUAAGCAUGCCUUUGGUCUGGGUGAGCAUUACAAUUCCGUAGUUCCGCAUUUAUAACGAAAAUCUUGUGAGCUUUCUUAUCGUUUGUUUCCCCUAAGUUAGAAGUGUGCAUUAAGAACUCUAUUUGUUGAACCCCAAAGUUUCAUAGUUCUGUUUCAUUCAGUAACACAAUACAUAUACACUUUGAGAUUGCUUUGCCGUGAUUGUAUUUGAUAUCUUUUACAAAUUUUGAUACACUAAUCAACGUUUGUGUUUGUUCUCCCCUUUUCAUGGAGAGCAAGCCUUUGAUGAAA